UCGUGUCAGUGUGCAUCGUCAAUCCCGGAAUAGCACCAGCAUGCUUUCCGUCACUGCUACCAUACACCCUCGGUACAUCCUCACGAACUAGGACCACCACCGCGCGGUAAAUUGAGGCCUAUUCUCGGUGCUCAGGCGCAGGCACGCCUGCAGCUUGCCGCACCGUGACUCGAACACAUCAAAGGCGCCAUUCGUGUGCCAGCAAACCCCACGCACACCUUCAGCCAUGGCUGCCAAUGCUGGCACGCCGCCUGAAGGGCCGAUGGACCCUACUAUGGUACCCAUAACGUCUCCUGAUUCGAUGCGGGACGUCAAAACCAGCAGCGAGCCCGCCGCUUCAAAGCCGCAACAGCCGACCAGUGCCCUCACUCCUCCCACCAGUGAAGAGAUGGAUCAUGAGGAACACAAGAAGACGCAUGAAGAAAGUGACCUAAGCGACCUGGAUUUGGAUGACGAUGAGGAAGACAUCGAGCCGGACCAUUACUGGGAUGGCGGAAAGAUUCCCGUCUUCAAGCCUACGUUGGAGCAGUUCAAGAGCUUCCCCAAGUUCAUUGAAAAGAUCGACAAGUACGGCAUGAAGAGUGGGAUCGUCAAAGUCAUACCACCGAAGGAGUGGCGCGACUCAUUGCCGGCGCUGGACGAAUAUGUCAAGCGCAUCAGGAUCAAGAAUCCAAUCACCCAGGAGUUUAACGGGACGUUCGGCACCUACACGCAACAAAAUGUCGAGAAGCAGCGCUCGUAUAAUCUACCGGAGUGGAAGGCUUUGACAGAAGAGACACAGCAUCAGCCACCAGCCAAGCGGGGUGAGCGAAGACGCAACCAGGAGAAGGUAGUCCGUGGUGGCGGCCAUCUACGUGGUCGUGGUGCUGCGGCUGCUGAGACGUCGAAAGAACAAGACGACAGCCCACGCGCAAAGAAGAAACCAGGCCGUCCAAGUCGUAGAACAACGCAGAAACCCGCCGCCAACGAUGAGGAUACACCUGCAUGUGCUGCGACGCCACCAGCCAAGGCGAAGCCGGGACGGAAACCGAAAGGUGCUGCCCAAGGAAAGCCUGGUCAAGCGAAGUCGGUCACGUCACGUCGUUUGAACAACACUGCCGAAUCCGUGGACUACGUUGAUGAGGAGGCAUUCAAGAACUUCGACUACCACCUUGACGACGUUGACGAGUAUACGCCAGAGAGAUGCGCCGAGCUCGAGACACAUUACUGGAAGUCACUUGCCUUCAAUCAGCCCAUGUACGCCGCUGAUAUGCCCGGGUCGCUUUUUGACGAUACCGUCGCCAGCUGGAACGUCGCGAAGCUCGAGAAUCUGCUCGAUGUACUGGGUACCAAGGUGCCCGGCGUGAACACAGCUUAUCUCUACAUGGGCAUGUGGAAGGCUACCUUCGCCUGGCAUCUCGAAGAUGUGGACCUUUAUAGCAUCAACUACAUCCACUUUGGCGCCCCGAAACAGUGGUACAGCAUUUCGCAAGAAGAUGCUCGUAAGUUUGAGGCAGCCAUGCGGCAAAUAUGGCCCAUGGACAGCAAGACUUGCGACCAGUUUUUGCGACACAAGACGUACCUCAUUUCUCCGGACGUACUGCUGAAGCAGUAUGGCGUCAAAGUCAAUAAACUAGUACACUAUGAAGGCGAGUUUGUCAUAACGUACCCGUAUGGCUACCACUCUGGCUUCAAUCUAGGCUAUAACUGCGCCGAAUCCGUCAAUUUCGCCACCGAGUCUUGGCUCGAGUUCGGCAGGAUUGCGCGGAAAUGCAACUGUGAGGCGGACAAUGUCUGGGUUGAUGUCUCGGAGAUUGAGCGCAAGCUGCGUGGCGAGCCGACACCGGAGUAUUACGAAGAGACCGAUGACGAUACGGAAGACGAGGAUGGCAAUCUGCCAACUCCUCCCGCAAGCGUCAAGGGCAAGGCGCCACGCAGCCGCAAGCGCAAGCGAGACAUGAAGGAGGAGAAGCCGAAGAAAAAGAAGAAGAUUCGCAUCAGGAUCCGUGCGCCGACUCGAGAGCCUUGUGUCAUGUGUCCGAACGACAAUCCGUGGGAGCCGUUGCUGCCGACUGAUACCGGUAAGAAAGCGCAUCGUGCCUGCGCACUCUACACGCCUGAGACAUGGAUCGAGAGGGACGAAGCUGGUGAAGAGAAGGUCUAUGGCGUUGCUGGGAUCGACCGCGCGAGGCUGGAACUCAAGUGCAACUUCUGCCGCUCCAAGCGUGGCGCGUGCUUCCAAUGCUCGUCGAAGAAGUGCACCCGCGCCUUCCACGCUACUUGCGCUGCGGCUGCCGGCGUGCUGGUUGAUGCAGGCAUGGUGCCCACAUUCGGUGAAGACGGCACGGAAUACUUUGAGGAAGGCUACGACUUCCGGUGCAAGUACCACAGGCCGCGCAUGGAGAAGAGUAUCACCGUGGAGAAGAUCGAGGCGAACAGCAAGCGCGUUGAGAAGUAUGGUCGCGAGCUCAAGUUCAACGAUGUGGUGCAGGCGCAGUACAUUGGUGCUGAAGUCUUUGCUGGUUUGGUUGUGGAGAAUCGGCCAAGCGAGCUGAGUGUGGUCGUGGAUGUGUUGCCGGAAGGUGACCGCGUGGAGGUGGAGUACAAGUGGCUCAGUCUUCUUCACCCGGACGAUUCGCAAAGACCCAAGCCUUCGGCAAUCGCUAUUCCCAUGCCGCAGGGGAUGAACAAGAAGGCCGUCUCCGUCAAUAACCGGCAAGACGGCGUACCUACUCAAGGCGAGGCCUUUCACGAGAACCCUGAGUAUAAGUGGCACGACUUCUACAAUAUGCAUAUGCCACCGCCGGAUUACACGUCCAAGCUGCUGCAGACGAUAGGCAAGCUUGAGGUUAAGAUUGACGCUUCUGAUACGCUCUACUACUACCUCCCCAAAGCAUCUACGGAGUCGAAGUGUUUCUUCACGGAUAAUGCUGGCAGCAAAGUCGCGGCGCCGAAGGGUAACUUCCUUGACCGCGUGAGCAAACCUGCCCAUCAUUAUGUCGCUCAGCGUCAACAGCAGCUCGUGGCAGCUCAGCAGCCAAAGCCUUUACUUCACGCUCGGCCGCAGCCUGCAUACCAAGCACCGCAGACCGGGCCGACUUCCAUCGGCAAUCCUGCCAAUCGCAGCGACAGGCCUUACGCGUACCAGCCGAAGGAGCCUACGCGGCCGAACGUCUUGUGGGGCGUCGAUCAGAAGGCACUUGAGACUCAGCGCUCUUUCCUCGCUGACGCCGAGCGUCGCUCCUCGCAGCAGCAAUAUAGCCUACCCCAGCCGAAACCACAACACAACUAUCAAGGCAGCGAUCCGGUGCGCAAUGCGCCUCUGAGGCCAUUCGCGCGAGAACUUUAUUACUCCACCGCCACGCUGCCCGCCGCAUAUCCUGGUGAGUACUCCGGCUUUACCCAGGUUGUCCGCCGGCAGAGUAACGGUGCAUUAGGGGCGCCGCGGCCUGGCUCAGAGACGGCCGACUUCACCCCAAGCUACCAACCUGUGAGCGCGCAACGAAAGGAGAUCAAGCGCGGCGCGCCUACUGUCCCGGCGAUGGGGGGGUCUAUGCCACCGAAUUCGUACUCAGGCAGCAGUAGCUCCCGGCCGUCGUCAAGCGCGCAAAGUGGACAGUCUCCGGCUGGCGCACCGCUUACGCCUGCAACCACAGUUAGCUCCGCCGUCACGAAGACUUCGGAGACGACGCCGCCGGGCUACCUUGACAACCUGCAGAAGUAUCCAUAUCUGAAGAACAGCUUUUUGAGGAGAACGGCUUACAUCUCGCCAUACGCGACUGAUGAUGGUUUCUCAGAGAGCUACCAGCCACUCACAUUGGACCAGCAACCUGCGGAAGAACAGGGCUUGCAUACACCAACGCCAUGCACUACCGCUUUCGGCUUUGACAACGGUGGCAGACCGGUUAGCCACCAGUGGACUCCGCCGUCUCAAUUAUGGCAUACCACUAGCAACAGCGAACAGCCGCAGUCACCGCCGCGGCAGUUACAAACUUUGCCAGCACCACAAUACAUGCAUCAACCGCAACCGCGCCAAUUUCCGCAGCCGACUUACCAAACGCCUUUGGAGUUCCGUCAGUCGUUCUCAAGCCUGCCGUCCGCAGCUUCACGUGACGGCGCGCAGGCUCGCAUGCUGAGGGACCAGGGCUUUGGCUACUCCCCAUACGCUUCGACCAACUACGCUCCUCGACAGCCGCGGGGAAGUCAGUACGACACGGCCAGAAUGUGGGACAGUCCCAAGGCUCCCACCCCCAGUCCGCUAAGCGAUCAGCAUGGCACUCCCGGAGUGUACAACAACAGCCAUACGCCAACACAUAACAGCGGCUGGGGUCCAGCAGGCCCGCCGGCACCAAUUCUGGGCGGCAUACCGAUGCAGCAGCAGGGUUCAAACGGGAGCGUCGGACACGGCCCGACACUGCCGCAAAUGGCGGGAGGCAGUGAGACCUGGCGGUACAACUAGCAGUUGUAUCCUGUGGAUCCGCGUCUUCUGCAGCUCAGGGGACUUCGGGGCCCGUAUCCGCCCUAUUAUUGAUCGGGAUUCCUCAACGGGGAAAGAGAGAAGAGUUCCCGAAGCGCGAGGCUAUUGGUUCAUUCGGCGAAGUUGCGGGUUUUGCGACUUGUGCCAUGGCUAUGAUAACGACUCAUGGCUUGCUGGCUUUGCUUCAGUACGACAGUGAUGUAGAAAAUGGCGUUGGCGGGACGGUUGUAUCGCUGUAUCAUAUCAAAUGGUGCCUGCCGUUCGCUCCACUUGUGAGCUCUGAGUAUUAAUCGAAUACUCUCCGCUGUAUUUAAGAGAGGUCAAACGCAUAAGAAUGAUAAUACACAAUCUUUUCCGUGAG